GGGAAACCGCGGCACCACAUAAAGCCAGCGAGCCAGCAGCAGCCCAAGCACAGCGCCCACCCGCACCACCAGCCAGCCUGACCGGGCUCCUGCCCAGCACCACCCAGCAGCACCCACAGCCCCACCAUGGCUGCGCCACACACCCCACGGCCCCGCCUGCCGCACAGCGCCCCGGCGCUCCUGCUCCUCCUCACGGCUCUCGCCGCCGCCACCGCCUGCCACCACCUGCGGCCCCGCCACGCCACCUUCCCCUGGGACAGCCUCCAGCUCCUCCGGGCCAUGGCUCCCAGCCCCACACAGCCCUGCCACCACCAGCACGCGCCCUCCUUCCCCGACACCCUCCUCAACACCCCCCGCUACCAACAACCCGCCGCCGCCCUCACCAUCCUCCAGCACCUCUUGCAAAUCCUCAGCAGCAACAGCAUCCCCCAACACUGGCACAACCAGGCACGGGAACACCUCCUCAACAGCCUCCACCACCACAGCCAGCAGCUCCAGCAGUGCCUGACACCCAACAGGAUGCUCUUCCGAACACAAGGACCCCGCAACCUGCUGCUCACCAUCGACAAAUACUUCGGCGACAUCCAGGACUUCCUCCGCACCCACAACCACAGCGCCUGCGCCUGGGACCACGUCCGCCUCCAAGCUCACGACUGCUUCCAGCACCUCCACAACCUCACCAGCACCACCCCCAAUUAG